CAUAAAUUUUUAUUUAUAGAAAAUGUAAAACAGAUUGAAUAAGGAAUUUUUAGAUUUAACAUAAAAUAGUCCACUUCACGGUGUUAAGAUUAGUUCAGAAGCUAAUAAUAGAUUAGUGUAUAAAAAUAUAUAUUGUAAAGAUGGACAGCAAUAGUUUCAGGACCAGAAGGUACAGCAUAUCAAGGAGGCAAUUUUAUGUUAAAAAUUACUUUUCCAGAAAACUAUCCCUUCAAAGCCCCAUAAUUUAUAUUUACAACUAAAAUUUUUCAUCCCAAUAUUACAGAAAAGGGAGAAUUCUGUGAAGAUAUGAUUGAAACUAAAGUAAAUUGUAAUAUAUAACAUUAGGAAUAAUGGCAACCAACCAAAACUGUUAAAUAAGUCUUAGAAAAAAUCUUAAACAUAAUGGGAUAAGUUAAUACCGAUUAAGCACUUAAUCAAAAAGCGAUGGAAUUAUAUAAAAAUGAUAAAACAAAAUUUGAACAAACAGUUAGAUCAGAAACAAAAUAAUAUGCUUAAUGAUUAGAAUAAGUAUAAUACAUAAAAAAUAUCUUGCA